CACUGCCCUCGCUCGCCCAUCUUUGAGGAAAAGGAGAUCCCUCCUCUGGAGCUGCCCAGAACCUCUGAGGACCUCCUGGUGCCCAGCGAGGAACUGCUCAACGUGUCCUCCAUCUACGAGGUCCUGCGCAACUUCAGCACGGUGCUGCGGCUCUCUCCCUUCCGCUUUGAGGACUUCUGUGCUGCGCUGGUAGGCCAGGAGCAGUGCACGCUGAUGGCAGAGACCCACACAGCCCUGCUGAAGGCCAUCCUGCGUGAGGAGGACACCUCCAACACCACGUUCGGUCCUGCUGACCUCAAGGACAGUGUCAACUCCACCCUCUACUUCAUUGAUGGUAUGACGUGGCCCGAGGUGGUCCGUGCCUACUGCGAGAGCGACCAGGAGUACCACCAUGUCCUGCCCUACCAGGAGGUGGAGGACUACCCCUACGGCCCUCUGGACAGUAAGAUCAAGGUGCUGCAGUUCUUGGUGGAUCAGUUCCUCACCACCAACAUCGCCCGUGAGGAGUUAAUGUCAGAGGGGGUGGUGCAGUAUGAUGACCACUGCAGGGUGUGCCACAGAUUGGGGGACCUGCUGUGCUGUGAGACCUGCUCUGCCGUCUACCACCUGGAGUGUGUGAAGCCUCCUCUGGUAGAGGUGCCGGAGGACGAAUGGCAGUGUGAGAUCUGCGUGGCACACAAGGUGCCCGGGGUCACAGACUGUGUGACAGAGAUGCAGAAGAGCAAACCCUACAUCCGCCAGGAGCCCAUCGGCUAUGACCGCCACCGGAGGCAAUACUGGUUCCUAAACCGAAGAAUAAUUGUUGAGGAAGACGGGGAGCAUGAUAAGAAGAAGAUCUGGUACUACAGCACAAAGGUCCAGCUGGGAGAGCUGAUAGAGUGUCUAGACAAGGAGUACUGGGAAAACGACCUGUGUGCCGUCCUCGAGGAGAUGAGAGAGGAGGUGCACACUCACAUGGACAUCACUGAGGACCUCACCAACAAGGCCGCGGGCAACAACAAGGCCUUCCUCGUGGCAGCCAACGAUGAGAUCCUGGAGCGUGUGCAGGGCAGGCAGGAACGGCGAGCAGUGGAGCAGGCAGAGAAGGCCACUACAGACACCACCAAGAUCGAGGAAGAGACCCCCACACACUGCUCUCAACUACCAGACCACAGAGGGCUCCAAGACCCCGAGUAUAAAGAGGAGGCAAGCUCACAAGCAGCUGUAGCUCCCCCUGCUGGAGAAGAGAACACCACCGUCCACCCCCCUAAGCCUGGCUCGUCCACCCAGGACGGCACUCUCCCUAAGCAUGAACCCCUUAAGCCUGCUGAGGUGUCCUGCUCUGCCGCCUCUGAAAGUGGGGAGGCCUCCAUGGAGCCUGAGCAGGAGAGGCAAGAUGAUAAGCCUGUAGACUCAGAGUCCCAUGGAGAGGAGGACCCCUCUGCACAGUGCCAGCCUACUCCACCACCACACCCUGGAGACGAGAACAGCAACAGCAGCCACGUCUCAGCGCCUGGGGUCCUCAGGAGGCCUGAAGAGCCAAACCUCGCUGACAGGUCCUCUCAGUCCUCCAUCACCAGCCAGGACGACACGGGUGAAGGCAAGGAGAGUGGGAAUGGUGAGGGGUCAGCGUCUGGACAGACUAACAAUCGCAUAGUGACUCGUCUGCGUAACCCGGACAGCAAGCUGAGCCAGCAGAAGACCCAGGGAGAUGGCAGCCCUACACCCAGGGACAGCAAGGAGACAUCUCCUCCCAGCUCUGAGAGUGAAGUGGCUCGUCUGGGUACUGUGAGGAAAGACUUGACGGUGAAGGGCAACCUGAACAACUUCUUCAAGCUGGGCCAGGAGGGAAAGUUCCGAGUCUACCACAACCAGUUCAGCACCAACACACUGGGCCUCAACAAGCACCAGCAUCGUGAGGACCACGACAAGCGCCGCCACCUCUCCCAUAAGUUCAGCCUAACCCCCGCCGGGGAUUUCAAGUGGAACGGCUCCAUCCACGGAUCCAAGGUGCUGACCAUCUCCACCCUGCGGCUCACCAUCAUCCAGCUGGAGACCAAUGUCCCCGCCCCCUUCCUGCACCCAAACUGGGCCUCGCACAGGACAAACUGGAUUAAAGCGGUGCAGAUGUGCAGUAAGGCUCGGGAGUUUGCCUUGGCGCUGGCCAUCAUGGAGUGUGCCAUCAAACCAGUGGUCAUGCUGCCUGUCUGGAAAGAUGCGCUUGGACACACUAGGCUCCAUCGCAUGACCUCCAUGGAGCGGGAGGAGAAAGAGAAGGGGAAAAAGAGAGAGAAAAAACUGGAGGAUGAAGAGACUAUGCAGCAGGCCACCUGGGUGAAGUACACCAUCCCCAUCAAACACCAGGUGUGGAAGCAGAAGGGGAGGAGUACAGAGCUACCAGGGAACACCAACGUCAACUACCGCAAAGUACUCGAAGCAGCUAAAACUGGCAAAGAAAAUGCAACAUCCUGCCCGAACAAACGAAAAUGUUUGCCCAAAGCACCAACGAGCUCGGAAACCCAGGCGAAAGAAGAGUCUACUCCAAUUACUGAAGAAAAAGACCAGGAGGAAACCUCCACCAUGGAGCCAUCUGGGAACACUUCACCAGGAGAGGGGCAGACUCUGAAAGAGAAGGAAGAGAAAAAUAUCACAGAGAAGGUGGAGAAGAAAGAUGAUCAGGUGGAGGAGAAGACUGAGGACAAGAUGGAUGUUGACCCCAGUCCACCAGACACCUGUCUCAGUGAGGAAAAAGGUAUAGUGGACAGCAAAUGCCCCUCAUCACUGACUGACCCUGCUGUGAAGGAGGAGCCCGGGGAGGAAGAAGAAACUAAGCAGGAGGACUCUGAGGCCAAGCCACCUGUCCGUCCCUUCAACUGGGAUGUGGUGAACGUCAGCGAGGGCUUCCAGCUCCGUACGGCCUACAAGAAGAAGGUGAAGACGUCCAAGCUCGACGGGCUGCUGGAGCGCAGAGUGAAACAGUUCACCCUGGAGGAGAAGCAGAGGCUAGAGCGCCUCAAACAGCAGUCAGCCCUGGCCAAACACACAGUCUCCAAGGAGAAAGUUAACACAGGGACUCCCACCACCAUCAAGGCUUCUACAGCAGACAAGUUAGCAAUGACACCGUGCACAAGUCUGAAAGCUGAGGGACAAGCAGACUCAGUAGUUAAAGACACAAUUGUUAAAAGGCUUGACUUUGACCAGGAGCAGCCAGUGAAAUUCCAGCCCUCAGGAGAGACAGAUAAUCUGGAUGUCAGAUUAGGCUCCACCUGUAAACCCCAGGCAGCAGGAGCCACAGGCCCCAACCUCAACACCACAGGGUUGGCCAACCAUGAGAGCAGCGUUCAGGGCAAUGGUGGGGAUGCGUUAUCUCAAACAGAGCUGAAUGGAGGCUCCCAGAAAAGCAUAGACGUCAACAACAAAGUCAAUUUGACAUCUGUAGAACCGGCUUUAGGUGCGGCCAAACCUCCCAGAGCAGAAGUGAUGAUAGCAGGAGAAAACGGUAGGAAGCAUGGUUAUGAGGAGACAGAGCAAGUGGACACCAAGGUCAUGCUCCAGAUGUUAGAGGGUGAGAUCAAAACACUGCCAGUGAAGGAACCUGUAAAAUCCAUUAUGAACGGUACUCUCUUUCAGGACGGGUUAAAGGUCAACAACACUGUGUUAGCCACCAGCCUAGCCUUGGAGGACGUAGAGAGAAAGGUUGUGGUGUCCGAGCCUGACUACUCCGUCACGUCGUCAAUGUUAGGGCCGCCCACUGGUGUUCCCAUGGUAAGCAACAGCACCAAGUCUGAGCCAAUGGAGAUUGGGCAAACGGCAUCCAAUGAGAUCACCCCAUUUCCUAUCCCCACUGCAGAGGAGUCCAGCUUGAGUAACAACACCACAGAGAACAGCAGUAGCAGUACUGAGGUGCUGAAGACCAUCACCCAAGUUACCACAACCACUACUACCACCAUGUCAACAGAGUCUCGCACGGUGCAGAUAGCCAAGGUCUUCAGCAGCACUAAGCCUGCAGUGACGCCUGCUGCAGAGAGCAGUGCUGUAUCCACCCUCACCACCAUGACCAAGACCACCGUCACCAGGGUCUGCUCCCCGACGCUCGGGGCCACUGUCUCCGAGGAGACCAAGACUGUUGUCACUGCAAUGUUGACAGAUGCCAAAUCUGGCCCCUCAGGCUCUUCAGUCACCUCCAUGACGGUCAGUAAGGAGUACUCCACCAGAGACUGUGUCCGGCUGCUAAAGUUCUCCCGCUCCAAGAAGACCCGCUCUGGCACGGCCCUCCCCUCUUACCGCAAGUUUGUCACCAAGAGUAGCAAGAAGAGCAUCUUUGUACUGCCUAAUGAUGACCUAAAGAAGCUGGCGAGGAGAGGGGGCAUCAGAGAGGUACCCAUCUUCAACUACAACGCCAAGCCAGCCCUGGACAUCUGGCCCUAUCCCUCCCCCAGACCCACCUUUGGAAUCACGUGGAGAUACCGUCUCCAGACUGUGAAGUCUCUGGCGGGGGUCAGUCUGAUGUUGCGGCUGCUCUGGGCCUGCCUGAGGUGGGAUGACAUGGCUGUCAAGCCCUCCCCUGCUGUAGGAACCACCCGCACAGAAUCCUCGGAGACGGCGAUCACCACAACAGAGAUCAUCAAGCGGCGAGAUGUGGGGCCGCACGGCAUUCGGUCUGAAUACUGCAUCAGGAAGAUCAUCUGCCCAAUUGGCGUUACCGAAGCUCCCAAAGAAACUCCCACUCCCCAGAGGAAAGGCCUGCGCUCCAGCGCUCUGAGGCCAAAGAAGCCUGAACCGGCCAAGCAGACUGGACCCAUCAUCUUAGAAACGUGGGUGGCCGAGGAGGAGCUGGAGAUCUGGGAGAUCAGAGCCUUUUCAGAAAGGGUAGAGAGGGAGAAGGCCCAGGCUGCAGACCAGGCUAAGAAACGGUUGGAGCAACAGAAGCCUGGUGCCACCACCUCCACCCCCACCAGCACCCCUACAACCUCAGCUUCUGGCACUCCGGCAUCCCUGACCAGCCAGGUCACCCCGGGGACUAAACUGGUCCUGGCCUCCAAGCUGGGGACACCUGUCACAUUCCAGCAGAACAAGAACUUCCAUCAAUCAUUUACUUCCUGGGUCAAGCAGGGCCAGGGUAGUCCAGGUAUGGUGCAAGUCCAGCAGAAUCUCCUGGGCAUUAUUCCAUCCAGUACCCCAGGCAACCAGCGGACCUACUCCUCAUUCCAGAACCGCAACGCCACCAUCAACAUCAGACCCAACACCUCCACCUCAACCACCACUCAGCCGGUCAUUUCCACCGAAGCCCAAAUCCGUCCGGGCAUGACGGUGAUCCGAUCGCCCCUGCAGCAGGGCACCACCAUGGGCAAAACCAUCAUCAGAACCCCCUUGAUGAUGCAACAAGGUAUUCUACCAGCCAGCCAGCAGCAGGUGGUGACUCAGAUCAUCCGGGGCCAACCUGUCUCCACAGCAGUUUCCAGUGCCAGCCCUGUGCAGACCAGUGCAGGCCAGAGGAUGCUGGGUGCCGCCCCGUCCCCGUCCUGUCACCCCUGCCCCGGGCAGUCCCCAUCACCAUCCACCCCCCAAGGCAGCCGACCACAGCAGGGCCAGGUCAAACUCACCCUGGCCCAGCUCACCCAGCUAACGCAGGGGGCACAGGGAGGGAACCAGGGUCUCACAGUAGUAAUCCAGGGACAGGGACAGACCACAGGCCAGCUGCAGGUCAUCCCCCAGGGGGUGACAGUCAUCCCAGGCCCUGGGCAACAGCUCAUGCAGGCUGCCAUGCCCAACGGCCAGGUGCAGCGCUUCCUCUUCACCCCAGGGGCAACAGCCCCUGUCCCCAACCCCGCCACCACGGCCAGUGCUGCUGUCACCCCCGUCACAGCCACCACAACAACACCCUCAGGGCCAGCGCUGUCUCAGCCUCCAGUUCAGACUCCCGUCACCUCUCAAGCACCGGCACCACCAGUCCAGCCCCCUCAACAGGCUAUCGCUCGUGUCCAGCCCCCUCAACAGGCUAUCGCUCGUGUCCAGCCCCCUCAACAGGCUAUCGCUCGUGUCCAGCCCCCUCAACAGGCUAUCGCUCGUGUCCAGCCCCCUCAACAGGCUAUCGCUCGUGUCCAGCCCCUCAACAGGCUAUCGCUCGUGUCCAGCCCCCUCAACAGGCUAUCGCUCGUGUCCAGCCCCCUCAACAGGCUAUCGCUCGUGUCGAGCCCCCUCAACAGGCUAUCGCUCGUGUCGAGCCCCCUCAACAGGCUAUCGCUCCAGUCCAGCCUCCUCAACAGGCUAUCGCUCCAGUCCAGCCUCCUCAACAGGCUAUCACUCCAGUCCAGCCCCUGCCCUCGUUCCUGCCCCCCUCCAGUGUCCACAUAUCAGACUCAACCCCCUCAGGCUCAAGUCCACAUCCCCCUCCAGUCCCCCACUGCCUUACCCAUCCAGCAGAUAGCCCAGAUCCCAACCUCUCCACAACCGGUCCAUAUGAAGACUCUCUCGGUCUCCCCCUCCGUCACCCAGGCCACAGUGAGGCCCAUCCAGGCCCAUGCUCAACUCCAGCCCCAGGUUACGGCUCAGAUCAGGCCCCAGCAGCAGCUGCAGCUCCACCACCAACCCCAGCUGAUCACAGUGCCGGGGCUGCAGCAGCAGGUCCAGGUGCUGGGCACCAUCCAGACCCACGUGGCGGCCCAGCUCCAGGCCCAGCAGGGUGGGGCGGUGCCCCAGCAGAUCAAGCUGCAGCUGCCUAUUCAGAUCCAGCAGGCAGGAGGCCAGGUGCAGGCCCACCAGAUUCAGAAUGUGGUGACCAUCCAGACAGCCAGCAUGCAGGACCACCUGCAGAGGAUCCAGCAGCUCAGAGAGCAGCAGCAGAAGAAGAAGCAGCAGGAGGCCAAAAGGGAGCAGAGCCUGCAGGCCUCCAGCCCCAGCGACAUUAUCCAGAAACAGGUGGUGAUGAAGCAGAAUGCUGUGAUAGAAAAUCUGAAACAGAGGAAGACCAUGACUCCAGCAGAGCGGGAGGAGAACCAGAGAAUAAUCGUCUGCAACCAGGUGAUGAAGUUCAUCCUGGACAAGAUCGACAAGGACGAGAAGCAGGCGGCUAAGAAGAGGAAGAAGGAGGAGUCUGUGGAGCAGAAACGCAGCAAGCAGAAUGCCACCAAGCUCUCGGCUCUGCUCUUCAAGCACAAAGAGCAGCUCAAGGCUGAGAUCCUGAAGAAGAGGGCUCUACUGGACAAGGAGCUGCAGCUGGAGGUUCAGGAGGAGCUGAGGAGGGACAUCAGCAGGCUGAGGAAGGAGAAGGAGAAGGCCCAAGCUGCAGCCUCUCAGGCAGCCGCUGCCGCAGCCCAGGUAGCCUCAUCCCUCUCCCCCACCAUGGCCUCGCCCUCCUCCGCCCACAAACGCAAGAGGGACGACGAAAGGGACUCAUCCUCCGCCAAGCCUAAGAAGAAGAAGAUGAUAUCCACUACCUCAAAGGAUCACAAGAAGGAAGUCAAGCUGUACUGUGUCUGUAAAACGCCCUAUGACGAGGCCAAGUUCUACAUUGGGUGCGACCUGUGCUCCAACUGGUUCCACGGUGCGUGUGUGGGCAUCACGGAGAAGGAGGCCAAGAAGAUGGACGACUACGUCUGUAAUGGCUGCAAGCAGGGCCAGGACUCACAGGACUCAGAGGGCACCACGGAGGAGCUGUACUGCAUCUGCCGGACGCCAUAUGAUGAAACACAGUUUUACAUUGGCUGCGACCGUUGUCAGAACUGGUACCACGGGCGCUGUGUGGGCAUUCUGCAGAGUGAGGCCACCCACAUAGACGAGUAUGUGUGCCCGCAGUGUCAAUCCACGGAGGACGCCAUGACCGUCCUCACACCGUUAACCGACAAGGACUACGAGGGUUUAAGAAGAAUCCUGCGCUCCUUACAGGCUCACAAAAUGGCGUGGCCGUUCCUUGAACCAGUAGAUCCCAACGAUGCUCCUGAUUAUUAUGGCGUUAUAAAGGAACCGAUGGACCUCUCCACAAUGGAAGACAAAUUACAGAAACGGUAUUACAACAAGCUCACUGAGUUUGUGGCGGACAUGACCAAAGUCUUUGACAACUGCCGCUACUACAACCCCAACGACUCCCCCUUCUUUCAGUGUGCCGAAGUUCUGGAGUCAUUCUUUGUACAGAAGCUCAAAGGUUUCAAAGCUAGCAGGUCUCAUAACAACAAACUACAGACUUCGACCUCUUAGUAUAUACCACAUAUGUGAACAACAACAAAAAUGCACUCUGCGAGAAUUGGGUUAAAUUCUGAACAAUUAAUCCAUGUUGGGACCUGGCUCCUGUGCUUUGUGACCUCCACUCCUCUCCCUCCUUCUGGCCCCACUACGCAGCCCCCAAAGGAAGACUCUCCCUGUAAGACCAGCAGCGCUGUUCCCACACAACUGUCAGGUGGAGCUGCUGCCUGCCCACCUCUGCCACAUGGACAUUUGACAAGGGGUUAAAAUGGAGGGUUUGAAUAAAGGCAUUUCUGAAAAGGUUACCUUGAAGAAAAUACUUUCUUUGGAGAUUUCACGUUUCCUUGUUUGUUCUUCUUGAUUUGAUUCUUUGUUACCCCUCUAGCCAGUUGAAGAAAUUAAGAAAAGCUUACGCUUCCAUGGCCAUGCCCAUAAAAAUAAAAACAUUUGACGCCUGUUUGAACGUUGAAAAUGUUGAGCUGAGUUGCACUCAGUGUAUCAGAUUGCACAGGGACACUUAGGUGUGUCUAUACCCUUUCAAUCACUUUAUUAGAGGUGGCGUGAAAGAUACAUCUCAUUGGGAAGGACUUGCUUGAGUUUGGACCGACUGGCUUUCUGGACACUUAACAGUUUGAGUUUCAGUCAAGCUAUGCUGAAAGGAAUAAUGUAUUUGGUAUUAAUUGCCCAGCAGUAAUGACACUGCUAAGGAUAAAAACACAAUGUAUUUGAAGGUAUCCUGCCCUCUUUGUAAAACUUGUCAGAUUUUGAAUUUUUGUUUUUGUAUUACAGCUGAAGAGAUUGAUGUAUAUGAAACCUAAUAAAUGGAGAAGACUGAGCUCUCUUCCACUACUGAAA